AUGGUGCGGAUGUCGGAUCUGGACGGUGCAGCAGCGAAACCAGGUGGCGAAGCGGAACCGGGUGGCGCAGCGAACCGGGUGGCGCAGCGGAACCAGGUGACGAAGCAUUCCGGCUGUCGUUCAUUAAUCGGAUUUCAAUCUCGAGAGUAUCAUGCACAAUAUGCCAAAGCGGAAGCUGAACGGCAAUUGGAACGUGCCAAGAGUGACGCGCAAGAGAAGAAAAACUCUCUGGAAUCUCUUCUAGAUAAGUCCAUGAGUGAAGCGAAAAGACUGAAGAGUAACUUGGACCAACAGCUCGUCUUUUCUGAUAAGGUCAAGGCGAUGCUGAACAUGUCUUCCUGUGAUGUCACGCUGGAGACAAGCGACGGAGGGAAGGUAUCCGCUCAUCGCUGCGUUCUUGCCGCAUGGUCUCCCGUCUUUGCAAAGAUGUUCAGCAGUGGCUUUCAAGAAUCAAAGGAAAAUUCCAUCUUGAUACAUGACAUCGACUGCCCUACAGUGGAGCGGCUUCUCGAAUAUAUGUACACUGGCAGGGUCAAAAUAGAAGAUGCAACUCUUCAGGAAUCAAAGCUCCUUGCAACAGCUGACAAAUAUGAAGUUCUGGAGCUAGUUAGGUUCCUUGAUUCAGGCCUCUGCUCUUAUUUGAAAGACGACACUGUAUUUGAGUUCUGGAGGGCUGCAGUCAUGCAUAAUGCCCCGCUACUGAAAGAAGCCUCCAUAACUUACAUCAUCAGCAGAAUGAAUCGAGGAGCAACUGCAAAGAUUUUAAAGGGUCAGAUAUUGUCGGAUAACAGACAAGAACGGGAGAUGGCAGCGGAGCUGGUGGAGAAGUGGCUGGGGAGUGGGGAUACUGAUGGAGAAACCACAUUGAACGUGGAAAAGGGGGGUACUGAACUGGGAGAGACUGAUGUGAAAUGCGGUGCUAGGCGUGUGCUUCAUUCACAUUUGUGGGGAAUCUGA